AUGAAUAUAAAUUCAAAAAACGACUGCUUUUCUCUGUUGAGCCGCCUAAAUCCUAAUACUAAAAGAAAGGCAACCAAACCCAUUUCCCCCAAACCGAAAUCAACAGCGUUGUCCCUUAUUCAAGCUCCCGCAGCGAAAUCCAACCGCAAGAAGGGUGUUAGAGCAUCUGGGAAUCAUGGUAUUGAUAUUUUCUUGGAACUUCAGGCAGUUGGCUUUUGCGGAAACAUGUCGGGUAAAAAAGAAGAGAAAGCUCAGGCUGCUGCUGAAAGGAUCAAGGCUGCAGCCUUGAGUGCUGCAAAAGGUCUUAGUCGAGCUCAGGCUGAAAGGGCAGCUGCUUCUGCUGCACGCAACGUUAAUGCUUAUGGGCAGAAGGAAGAAGGACCCAGCAGAUGGCAGGAGAAAAGGGAAGCCAAGAGACAGAUGUAUUUGAUGAGUACUGAAAAGGCAGUAAGAUUGGGUGAACGAAAAGACCUUAAGUCGAAUGUAACUACCAUUAGUGGUGCGGCUUCACAAUGCCAGAAGUGUUUCCAGCCCGGGCAUUGGACAUAUGAAUGCAAGAAUGAACGUGUUUACAUCUCGCGACCGUCUAGGACCCAACAACUCAAGAAUCCUAAACUGAAGAUGAAGGUCUCAGUAUCCCACGAUUUGGAUAUUCCAGAUAUAAAGGAAGAGAAGGGUGAAAAGCAGUCAAAGAAAAGCAAGAGGAAGCAUCGAGCAGCUUCUGAUUCUGGCAGUGAUAGUGAGGCUUCAGUUUUUGACACUGAUAGUGGGGCAUCAUCAAUUACAGGAUCUGAUUAUUCUUCAGAGGAGAGUAGUUCAGAUUACAGUUCAUCUUCUGAUUCAGAGGAGGAAAGGAGGCACGGAAGGAAGAAAAAGAAGCAAAAGAUGGGAAGACGGCGGAGAAGGAACAGUUCAUCAUCUGAAUCUUCUGAGACAGAGUCAGCUUCCGAAUCUGAUUCUGAUGAUAGGAGGAGCCGGAGGAAGAGCAGGAGACACAGCAGAAAGCGUUAA